UCUGAUGUCAUCAUCGCCAGAAUCGUUCCAGCCUCAGCUUUAACGCCCCAAUAUCUGCACCUAUCACCACGUUGCCACAGUUUUUAUCCUAUUUUAAUUAUAUAUGAUGAUGUUUAUUAAUAAUGGUAAUAGUACACAUAUGAUUUAAAACUAACGCUCUUUGACUAUGUGCACAUCAACUGUGUGAUUUUUGACUAUGUACUGUAACAAGCUACACAUAUUUACAGAAGGUAAAUGUUAUCUGCAUUAUGAUAUAUAAUUCCCAAUAUGUUAACUACAAUGAAGCCCGUUAAAAAUUGGUUAAAAAAGCAAAUAAUAAUAACGUAUUUCUGAAUCCCAACAAAUGUCCCAAUUGACCUGUACAAGAAGAGUUGAUUUGUUUAUAUGCACAAGGGAAUAGGCCUGGAUGCUCUGCAACGUGAGGAACCUGAGGAUUCCCAUCAAAUGCAAAUGAAGCCAUUUAUCCCAUUUCAAAUGUUUGACUCUGCUUCCCUCUGCUGGAUAAAAAAGGAUACAUUCAUUUUCCCUACGUGAUAAUGUACUGAUACCCUCUGCUGGACAAACUAAAAAUGUUCAUAUCUUUGCUCGAUGAUUAAAUUAAUGUGGUAUAGCUGACUGGCACAAAAAAAAGUAUAAUUCUAAGUUGUUCAUGUCUUCAUGUAUGUGAGAACUCUGAAUGUAUUCAAAAGCCAACAAACUGAGGAGCUCAAUAUUUACGACAUGCUCAGAGGUCCUGUGUUGUAUCAUAUUCAAUCAGUCAGCGAAUUCUUGGCUGAAAGCUGACUUUUAUCCCUGUUUUAUAUGUAUUAUAAAGUUAACAAUAUAAUACAUAUAGCUGAUAAUAAAUAAAACAACCAAUAGUGAAAAGAUAAUUCAUAAAGAUGCAGGAAAUGAUAAUGAUAGAUAUCCUGCUUUGGUCACUGGGAGAGCACAGAUUACAGAGCAUGAGGGACCAAAGAGGUGGGGACUGAGAGGAACAGGAAGUGAGAAUCAUGUUAAAAAGAGCUGAACCCUCUAACGGACAUACAGACUUACACACACACACAAACUGGUAUCACACACAUAUGGCUCCCACUCAGCUACUCUUCCUCUCCAUCAUCUUCCUCUCUCUAUGGUCAGGUGCUGGUGCUGUGUCCACAGUGAAUAAAGUAGCAGUGCAGAGAGGAAGAUCUGUCACCAUCCCAUGUCACUAUGAUAGGAAAUAUGUAAAUAAUGUGAAAUACUGGUGUUGGGGGUCAAUGUGGUCAUCAUGUUAUACUCUAGUGCGCACGGACUCUCCAAAAGCCAAUGGUGAAACAUCAGUCACCGAUGACCCCACCCAUCAUGUCUUCGCUGUUACCAUGACAAAGCUGAAGACAGAGGACUCUGGAUACUACUGGUGUUAUGUAGAGAUUGAUUGGGGUUACGAUGAGGGCACAUAUCUGUACCUGGAUGCCAGUGCAGGCACUCCUGGACUCUGGGUUGGCCAGCAGGAGAUGACUGGAAUGGAAGGGGGCCAUGCCAGUGUGCAGUGCCACUAUAAUGAACCGAGCAGCAUGAAGAAGUGGUGCAGGGCUGAGGGCUCCUGUGUGGAAGUGAAUUCUGCUAAAUCUGGAAGAUCAGAGAUCAAAGACGACCGCUCUGAAAAUGUCUUCAUUGUGACUAUGAGGGAGCUGAACAGGGAGGACACAGGCUGGUAUUGGUGUGCUGUUGGAGAACUACAGAUCCCUGUACACAUCACUGUCUCUCAGAAAACUACUACUACCACAGUCACCACAACAACCCAAUGUGCAACAUCAACACCACCAUGCACAUCUCUUCCAGUUAGCACAGCAACCACAUCAGCUACAGCUGAAGAGCCUUCAACCUCAAAGCAGUUAGCAGUCACAAUACCUCGGUCAUCUAUUCCACCCACUACCACUUACAAUAAAAGUCUUUCAGACCUCACAUUCGUUCUGAUGAUAUCAGGGAUACUGUUGCUGGCGGCAGCUAUUGCUAUGGUUACCUGGAAGCUGUGGAAGAAACACAAGAGCGUCCAGGCGAACACAAGAGCAAGAGAGGACAGGAGAAACGAGGUGACGAAUGUAGACUCUGAGGAUGAAGUGACCUACAGCACAGUGUUCACCAAGACACAGUCAUCAUCACACAGAAUGAGUCCACCUCAGUCACAGUUAUCUGAGAGCUCUGCAGAUGAGGUCAUGUACUGCUCAGUCAUCCUGCAAAAUCCACAGGCCACACACUCCCCUAACCAGUCUCCAGCAGGAACAGCCGAUGAUGUGAUUUACAGCUCAGUAGCCCAGCAGAAAAAAUAGUGAUUACAGACACAUGGUGGCUGUCGUAAAGGGUUCACACUCUGCUGUUUGAGUAGCGCUAAGAAUAAUCACAACUGUUUGACCGUCUUUUCCUCUGUGGGGUUUCGGUUCCUGAAUGUCAGAUCUUCAGUGAAGCAGGAACUUCUUGCAUGGCAAACUCUAUCUGCAAAUUCUACUCAUAUUCCACUGAUGGUUUAAUUUCACACAGACCGGGACAUUCAGUAAUUAUGACCACACAGGUUUCACCUGCCAAUAUUUAAUGCAUUUAAACAGUGUAGGCUGAUAUUAAAGAAGUUGUAAGCCAUGCAGCACAGUAUAGAAAUAGUAGAUCUGACUGACUGAAUGCCUUUGGGUGUUCAUUUGGGGCAUUUAUUCUUCAUGCCAUUCUUAGCUAUUUCUGAUGUAAUGUGACCGGAGAAUAAAUCACCCUUUAACAGACAAGUAAAGCAUCA